CGCGAUCCUAAGUAAGCAUCAUCCUUGAAUCGAGGGACUGCUGAUGACGGUGAGGGGCAAUGCAUGCGCGGUCAUCCUGGGCCAGGAAUGAGGAGCAGAGAUUGUUGUGAAUUUCUAUCCUGGACAGACAGGGGAUUAGAAGGGGAGGAUUUGCAGUCAGGAAGCUCGAACCCAAAAUCACAUCAGGAUCUGACAAAGUCACCCAAUUUAUUGUAAACUGAAUAUCAUCGGAUUUUGAACAUGGAAGGAAAAAGCACCGUUCACAGUGCAGAGAAACCGUAUACGUGUUCUGUGUGUGGACAAGGGUUCAGCCGAUCACCUGGCCUGUCAGAACAUAGAUGCAGUCACAAUAAGGAGAAACCAUGGAAAUGUGGGGAUUGUGGCAAGGGAUUCAUUUCCCCAUCCAAGCUGGAAACUCAUUGUCGCAGUCACACUGGGGAGAGGCCUCUGUUCACCUGCUCUGAUUGUGGGAAGGGAUUCACUUUCUCAUCCCAUCUGCUGACACACCAGCGGGUUCACACUGGGGAAAGGCCAUUCACCUGCUUCAAGUGUGGGAAGGGAUUCACUCGCUCGUCCAACCUGCUGAAACAUCAGCGAGUUCACACUGAUGAGAGACCUUUUAAAUGCUCAGACUGUGGGAAGUGCUAUAAAAGUUCCUGGGAACUGAUGUCCCAUCAACGUGUUCACUCUGAUGAGAGACCGUUCAGGUGCUCUCACUGUGGCACUGGAUUCAGGCAAUCAUCUCAUCUUACUGUACACCGGAGAAUUCACACUGGGGAGAGGCCGUUUACCUGCUCUGAGUGUGGGAAGGGAUUUACUCAGUCAUCCAGUCUGCUGAAACACCAGAGGCGAGUUCACACUGGGGAGAGACCUUUCACCUGCUCCGAGUGUGGGAAGGGAUUUACUCAGUCAUCCGCCCUGCUGAUACACCAGCGAGUUCACACUGGGGAGAGACCAUUCACCUGCUCCAAGUGUGGGAAGGGAUUCACUCAGUCAUCCCACCUAUUUACGCACCAGCGGGCUCACAUUGAUGAGAAACCUUUCAGAUGCCCAGACUGCAGGAAGUGCUACAAAAGUUCCGGGGAACUGAUGUCCCAUCAACGUGUUCACACUGACGAGAGACCAUUCAGAUGCUCUCACUGUGGGAGUGGGUUCAGGCGAUCAUCUGAACUCACUGUACACCAGCGAAUUCACACUGGGGAGAGACCAUUCACCUGUUCCAAUUGUGGAAAGGGAUUCACUCAGUCAUCCCAUCUGCUGAUACACCAACGAGUGCACACUGGGGAGAGACCUUUUAAAUGCCCUGAUUGCGACAAGUGCUAUAAAAGCUCCGGAGAACUGAUGUCCCAUCAACGUGAUCACACCGACGAGAGACCAUUCAGGUGCCCUGACUGUGGGAGGGGGUUCAAAACAUCAUCUAACCUCACUGUACACCAGCUAAUUCACACCGGGGAAAGGCCAUUCACCUGCUCUAAAUGUGGGAAGGGAUUCACUCGGUUAUCCCACCUACUGACACACCUGCGAGUUCACACUGGGGAGAGACCAUUCACCUGCUCCGAGUGUGGAAAGGGAUUUGCUGCGUUAGCCAACCUGCUGAAACACCAGCGCACUCACACUGGGGAGAGACCAUUCAUCUGCGCUGAGUGUGGGCGGGGGUUCACUCAGUCAUCAAACUUGCUGAGACACCAGCGAGUUCACACUGGGGAGAGACCAUUCAUCUGCUCUGAGUGUGGGAAGGGAUUCACUCAAUCAUCCCACCUGCUGAUACACCAGCGAGUUCACGAUGGGGAGAAGUCAUUCACCUGCUUCGUGUGUGGGAAGGGAUUCAUUGCUACAUCUAACCUGCAGAAACACCAGCGAGUUCACACAAAUGAAAGACCCUUUAAAUGCCCAGACUGUGGAAAGUGCUUUAAAAGUUCUGGGGAAGUGACAUGCCAUCAACGUGUUCACACUGACGAGAGACCAUUCAGGUGCUCUCACUGUGGGACUGGGUUCAGGCGAUCAUCUGAACUCACUGUACACCAGCGAAUUCACACCGGGGAGAGACCAUUCACUUGCUCCAUGUGUGGGAAGGGAUUCACUCAGUCUUACAACCUGCUGAAACACCAGCGUAUUCAUUCUGCUAUGAAACCUUUUAAAUGUUCUGACUGUGAAGAAAGCUUUAAAAGCAGCAAUGAUCUGCUGAGACACCAGCAAAUUCACACCGGGCAGAGACCAUUCACCUGCUCCAAGUGUGGGAAGGGAUUCACGGAUCUACAACGUCUGCUGAGACACCAGAGAGUUCACACUGGGGAGAAACCAUGGAAAUGCGUGGACUGUGGGAAGGGAUUCAAUUACCCAUCCGAGCUGGAAACUCAUCGGCGCAUUCACACUGGGGAGAGACCAUUCACCUGCUCUGUGUGUGGGAAGGGAUUCACUCGGUCAUCCCAUCUGCUGACACACCAGCGAGAUCACACUGGGGAGAGGCCGUUCACUUGCUCCAAGUGUAGCAAGGGAUUUUCUCGGUCAUCCCAUCUGCUGACACACCAGCGAGUUCACACCGGGGAGAGACCGUUCAUCUGCUCCGAGUGUGGAGAGGGAUUCACUCAGUCAUCCACCCUGCUGAAACACCAGCGAGUUCACACUGGGGAAAGAUUGAUCACCUGUUCCAAUUGUGGGAAGGGAUUCACUUGUUCAUCCCACCUGCUGAGACACCAGCGCAUUCACACUGGGGAGAGACCAUUCACCUGCUGUGUGUGUGGGAAGGGAUUCACUAACUCAUUCAACCUGAUGAGACACCAGCAAGUUCACACUGAUGAAAGACCUUUUAAAUGCCCAGACUGCGGGCAUGUUGAGGAGAUCACUAAAGUGUUUCCACCGUCCUCCUGGGGGUCUCCUGCUGUGACCAAGUUCCAAAUAGAACAGUUACUUCGGGCGUCUGGCAUCAGGAAUAUGAACAACAUGUUCCGCCCAGCAGAGCUGGUUUAG